AUGUUUCCAAAUCAAACGGAAGAUUAUGUACAUCGUAUUGGUCGAACAGGACGAAAUAAAGAAAUUCUUGGAACUUCAUAUACAUUCUUUACAUCUGAAAAUGCUAAACAAGCACCAAGUCUUGUUCGAGUUUUACAAGAAGCUGGACAAAAUGUAAAUCAAGAUUUAAUGGAAAUAGCUGAAGAACAAUAUUCUACAACUAGUUCAAAAUAUGGAUCGAAAAAUCAAACAUAUAAUAAUCAACAACAAUCAAUAAAUAAUUUUCAUUCUUAUCCAUUACAUCAAUCAGUUGAAUAUAUUCCAUCCAUAACACAACCAAUGAACUAUAUUCCAUCUCUUAUUUACAACCAAUUUUAG